CGCUGGGCUCGCCCGGCCAAUGCGAGCCCGGGUGGCAUCGGCACCAGCCCUCUCAGCCAAUGGCAGAGCGCGGCACACCGCUCUCCACGCCGCGGCCAAUCCGCGCAGUGGCACGUGGCACGCCCGCCCCCGUAGGCUAUCCAAUCAGCUGCGGGGCGGCUGCCACAUCUACCCCAGUCGGGGGCCACCGCAGCCAGUCCGUAGACGGUCGCUGCGCCCCGGCACGCGCAGCACCUCGCGCAGCUCUCUUCUCCCAGCCGAGGGUCCCCUGAGUGCCGCGCUCUCUUCGCGGCCACGCUCUUCACGACCUGGCUCUCCUCAGGCCGCGGUCCUUGGGCCGUGCUCUGCUCUGGCUGCGCUCGUCUCUUCAAGAUGCUCCUCUGGCCGCGUACUCCACAGCCGCAGUCACCUCGGUGCCGUGCUCUUCACGCCGCUCUCCGCGCAGCGCACUUCACAGGCUGCGCUCUUCUCACCGAGAAGCCCCUCCGGCCGCGCUCACCUCAGUGCCGCGAUCUCCUCACCGAGACGCCUCUCUGGCCGCGCUCCUCAUGGCUGCGCUCCUCACGGCUGCGCUCACCUCAGUGCCGCGGUCUCCUCACGGAGACGCCUCUCCGGCCGUGCUCCUCACGGCUGCGCUCACCUCAGUGCCGCGAUCUCCUCACCGAGACGCCUCUCUGGCCGCGCUCCUCAUGGCUGCGCUCCUCACAGCUGUGCUCACCUCAGUGCCGCGGUCUCCUCACGGAGACGCCUCUUCGGCCGCGCUCCUCACGGCUGCGCUCACAUUGGUGCUGCGGUCUCCACACCGAGACGCCGCUCCGGCCGCGCUCCUCACGGCUGCGCUUACCUUAGUGCCGCCGUCUUCGUGGCUGCGAUCUCCUCACGGCCCGUCAGUGCUCUGGGCGCGGUCCGCCUGGUGGCGCGGGGGCUGGCAAUCGACGACGAGCCAAGUAUUCAUUUACAGAUGUGAGAGUUGGAUCAUAAAGAA